AUGUGGAGCUCCACAUCUAAAGUACAGAAACAGAUUUUAGCCAUGGAAAACCAACUUUCUAGCCAGAGACAUCAUUACCCCCUACCAGAAGACACAAUGAGGCGCAAAAAUAAGAGGCACCAUCGCCCAGAAACUCCUUGUUUACAAGAUAUUUGGCUUUCUUUCAAAAAGUCGGCACUGUGGAUAGCACCAAAGAUCACACCCAAGGCUCAAAGUGAAAUUGAAGUGUCUGACAAAUCCCAAGAGGGAGAACUCCUUACCUCACCUUGUCCCAGAGGUGUGUAUCAAUCAUCUGAAUUGGACGAGGACUCAUCCUCAUCCACAAAGGGAAACAUCAAAAGACUCCUGACAGGUCAGAUCUUCAGGAA